AUGGACACACAUGACAAGGGCGCCAACUACGUUGACUUUUACCCUGCCUCGGAUAGUAACUCGUCACGCCAGGUGAUGACCGGACUAUCAAGAUUUGAAACUACCUUGGCAAAAGCUGCGUGCAAACGAUGGAAGGACAUACGAACGACCCAAGCUUUACUGGAUUCUACCCCAACGUGCCCAUCAGCAGCAGCAGUGUCGAGGUCGGAUAUUCUGGGAUCGAAAUACUCUGCGCAGACUGCACCCAAAGUUUUGCCAGUUCUGUUUGCCAGCAAGUAUGCACAUAAUUACCCGUCUCUCUUCGCUGGUAGACUCUCGGAUGCCCAGGUCGACUAUCUAUCCCCGAGGAAGUUUUGGACCACUCACCAGUUCGUUCUGGGACUUCCGCAACUUCUACUAGUAAAGUGGCUAGGCACAUAUCCGACCUUACGCCGUAACGGCGCUACUAGUGCCGGCACCGCGCUGCAACGAUUCGCGUCAAGUGCCAACGUUUGGGGCAUGGAACAUCCCAAAAACAUUUCCAUGCCGACCAGAUACUUCUAUAGUGCGCGUGGUUUUUCUACCAAGUCUGUUCGAACAGAUAGCCUUUGCGCACAGUAUCACAGAUGA